GCUUCCUCUAAUUGUGAGGAAGACGGGCCUCUAGGUGACCGAAGCGAAUCCCUUUCCAACUGUGCAGCUGAAGGGAAGGAAAUGGAGCAGAUGCCCUCAUUUGCAUCCGAAUGGGACGAGAUUGAAAGGAUCAUGAGUCUAAUUGCCAGCAUCGAGAUCUCUGAGGAGCAUCAGCCAGCGUUAGAAGAUGCAGCAGGAAGCCGUGUGCUGGAGCAGUCGGUGGGGGAGUGGCUGGAACACGUGGGCUUCCCUCAGUACGAGAGCAAACUGGUGCUCAACGGCUUCGAUGACCUGCGCUUCAUGGGGAGUAACGUAAUGGAAGAUGAGGACCUUCAUGGAAUUGGCAUCACAGACCCUGGCCACAGGAAGAAAAUCCUUCAUGCAGCAAAAAGCCUUCCGAAGGUAAAAGCUCUGGGAUGCGAUGGCAGCACCUCUCUGGCCUCAUGGUUAGAAACUCUGGGUCUUGGAGAGUAUCUGCAGAACUUCCUGUCCAGCGGCUACCGCACCUUGGAAUGUGUGAAGAACCUGUGGGAGCUUGAAAUUGUCAAUGUGUUAAAAAUUGGCCUUCUUGGUCACAGAAAAAGGAUCAUAGCCUCAAUAACAGAGAGACCGUAUGACGAAGCACCUUCAAAAUCCAACCGAUUCUCCCAACUCAAGAUUCAGGACCUGUUGUCUCAGAACACUUCACCACUCAGUUAUAGGGAUCCGUACACCAGUCGCUCAAUGGACAUGUUGCUACCGCUGGGGGAUUUGGGCAGGAAGAGCAGAGCGCUGGACCAGGACGGCAGUAUCUCCCUCCGCUCCUUUGGUGAAAGAUCACGUUCACAUGAUCGUCGUGCAGAUCGGCAAUCUCGUCUAAAUGUCCGUCCAUCGAGCCACUCUGCCACCUACACCACUGUCUCCACCUGGCACCAUCACCCCGAGAAGCUCAUCACAGAGUCCUGUGUUUAUGAGGCCAAAUAUUUGGGCUCUGUGAUCAUUAGAGACCUACGGGGGAUUGAGUCUACACAGGAGGCGUGCGCUAGAAUAAGGAAAUCAAAGGAUCACAGAAAAGGUCCUGUAAUAAUCCUGAAUAUCACCUACAGAGGAGUCAAGUUUGUUGAUGCAGCCACCAAGGGAAUAGUUGCAGAGCAUGAGAUCCAGAACAUCUCGUGUGCAGCUCAGGAUCCUGAUGAUCUUUGCACGUUUGCAUACAUCACAAAAGACCUGAAGUCUGGAUACCACUUCUGCCAUGUCUUCACCACAGUAGAAGUGACACAGACUUAUGAGAUCAUCCUGACUCUGGGACAAGCAUUUGAAGUAGCCUAUCAAAUGGCUCUCCAGGAACAGAAGGCCCGUCGUCACAGUUCAUAUGCAGGUCCAGCCUCAGAAAACAUAGAAAUCAAGACCAGCAGACCCACGUCACAGUCACGCAACAGUGCACGUCGCUCCACAGUGAGUUCGCUGGAACCGGACACGGACCUGCAGUCCCUGGGCAGCACCAGUUGGCUUUACGAACCACGGGACUCUUCCAGACCUUCAAGUAGCACCAAGUAUGAGACCACCAUAUUCUGA